AGAUGUUUUCAUCGGAAGCGACGCAAUGUUUGUGCUUGUUUGUGGGGCAGAAGGAGGCAAAAACGAGCAACAAAAAAAAACCGACACACCACACUUCAUUGUGAAUUUACGAAAAACUGGCAACGAACACCGUCAUCGUGAGACGGAGGAAAAGUGGAAAAGCUUUCUCGUUGCAUUGGUUCUGUGAGUCGGAAGGCAAACACGGUGGCAAUAGGAAAAUUCCAACCGAGUGUCGCUUCAAGGAAUCAGGGAAAAACGGACCUCCAAAACACGCCGGUUGAAGGAGCGGAGCAUCGUUUUGCGGUUGUACGCGUGAAAAACGAACCGGGAAGCGGUGCGGGGCUAUUAUCAAAUCUACACCCGCAGGCGGAGGAGUCUGCAAAGGUCCGGCGGGUGGACGGUGGUGUUUCGUCCUUUCGUCCUUUCGUCGUAUCCGCGGCGACGGAAUGAAGUGUUUAUCCGGAGCGGUGCGACGAUAGCCCAACCCCUCCCACCAAUCGGUUUCAAAUUUCCCACCACCCCAAAACGACAGUGAUAGACACAUUUCCCGGGGCACAGCGCACCAAGCUAAAGCGGGGCGUGUGUCUAUGUAUGCGCACCGGUGUGUGUGUCGUACUGAAACAAUCGAUCGUUGGCCUGUGUACACCUUACCGGUGUGUGGUGGGGUUUGUGUUUUAUUUUAGACAAACAUCAUUAGCCGCGACCCAACCCACGGGCGGGGAAAAAAGGCAAAAAAGGAAAUAUCAGCGAAUUACAUCCGGGUCGUCUUCACUUCACCCAGUGCCUCACACACAUACACACCAAGCAGCAGGAGCAGCAGCAGCAGCAGCAGCAUCGCCAUGACCGCCACCAGCACGACCGAACCGGCGGCAUUCGAUCACAUCGAGACGAUUGUCAUCGAGGGUCAGCCGACCGACAUCGUGUACCAUCGGUUUGCCAACAAGCUCUUCCUCAUCAUCACCCAGCACCAGAAGGUGGCCAACGUGUACACGGUGCGCAGUCACGCCCACAACGAUCUGAGCGGGGACGGGCCGGGCGGAGCUGCCGGCGCUGACGGUUCGAACCGCAUCUACACCAUCAAGCACACGUUCGGCGCCAGCUCGGACGAGGCGGAAGCGGCCAUCCGCUAUCUGAUGAGGUUCCUGCAGCAGAGCGACGAGAUCGUCAUCACGCUCGGGCUGCGGCGGAUCGACAAGGCCACGCUGGACCAGAUCGGGGCCCAGCUCCGGAAGAUUGUGCUAGGAUAGGGCAUAAGGGGGAUGCGGCAGAGGAAUAUUCUAACCGUUGGUACAUACGUUUCUUUCCGUUCUUAGGAGUUUCUUAAAUAAAUACGCGUACACACGUUCACGCUUUGGUGGCGCGCCACACACCUUUGGAA